AUGCCUUCCAAGGGGCCGCUCCAGUCCAUCCAGGUCUUGGGGGAAAAGAAAACUGCCACCGCUGUGGUCCACUGCAAGAGAGGCAAUGUGCUGAUCAAGAUAAAGGGACGCCGGCUGGAGAUGAUUGAGCCUCGAACCCUACAGUACAAGCUGUUGGAGCCUGUCCGGCUACUGGGCAAGGAACGUUUUGCUGGCGUAGAUAUCCCGGUACGUGUAAAAGGAGGAGCCCAUGUCGCUCAGAUUUCUGCUAUCCCGCAGUCCAUCUCCAAAGCCCUGAUGGCUUAUUAUCAGAAAUAUGUGGAGGAAGCUUCCAAGAAGGAAAUCAAAGACAUCAUUAUCCAGUAUGACCGACCUCUGCUGGUGGCUGACUCUCCUCACUGCGAGUCCAAGAAGUUUGGUGGAACUGGAGCCCGUGGCUACCAGAAAUCCUAUCGAUAA